UGCGCGUUGACGUUAAUUCUGCUGUGGCACAGCACCGUCCGAUGGUCUGGGAGGGGAUAGCUUUCUAUGGAACGCUAGUGCUUAGAAGAAAAUCCAUUUUUCAUCUCUCUUUGGCCCCAUGGCAUAUAAUAAUCCACUGAACGAUGACAAAAAUGUUCGGAGACGCCAAGAAUCCGUUCAAUGUCGCUUCUGCUUCGAGUCGUUUGGGUCUACGUGGAAACCUGGACGCCUGCUUAGCUUAGCCUACCCUAGUUUAGUUUAGCUGCUAGCAAAGAGAACAAACAAACAGCGCGCUCGGUAUCAACAUAUAACGCCGAUCAAGCAAACAUCGAGUCCCGAAAAUGUCAGAUGUCAGUCAAGAGCAACACCAGGAGUUUACUCGCACCAAAGAAGAGGAGGAGGAAGAGUUGUCACACAUCAAGAAGGAGGAGGAUGAUGAAUUCGUCCACAUUAAAGAGGAGCAAAAGGAGUAUUUCAUUCAAGUUGAGAAGCCCCACAUUGAGGAGGAACAGCAACCUUAUGCCCUUAAAAAGGAGGUCUCCAAGUGGACUGGUGAGCCCUUGAAGGUUGAAAAUGGAGGUCUGAUUGAGGCCAGCAGAGUGGCAGAGCCUCCCAGUGGCAGCAGCAGUUGUUCAAAAGAAGGAUCCCAAGCACACGACUUCAUCGCUCAACCAUCAGAGAGUGACGACGCCACAGCACACUCGCUGUUGUGUUUCAGCAAAUAUCUUGGUCCUGAGUGGCAGGAGCCAGAAUCUACCGGCGUUGAAGAGGAUGUUGAGCCCCCCCAAAUCAAAGAGGAGGAACCAGAGCCCUGUCAACAGGAGGACGGUAUCAACAGGUGGACUGGUGAGCCCUUGAAGAAUGAAGAUGAUCUGAGCCAGAGCAGCAGCAACCGUGACGACAAACCCUGCAAAUGCUCUCAAUGCGGGAAAACCUUUGCUAAUAUCUAUAAUUGUCGUAUACAUAUGAGGUGCCACACUGGUGAAAAACCUUUUGUCUGCUCAGUUUGCGGUCAAAGAUUUCGUCACAAGUCCACCUUAAAAUCACACAUAAGAACCCACACUGGAGAAAAACCUUUUGUCUGCUCCGUUUGCGGUCAAAGAUUCCGUCAGAUGAACAGAUUAAAAACUCACACCAGAAGGCACACUAGGCAAAAACCUUCUUCCUGCUCAAGUGGUGAUCAAGGUUGCACUGAAAAUCAAAGCUUACAAACCCACAUAAAAACCCACACCGGAGAAAAACCUUUUGCCUGCUCAAUUUGUGGUCAAGGUUUCUUUCAUGAGCGAAACAGAAAAAGGCACAUGAGGAAAAAACACACCGGAGAAAUACCUUUUCAAUGCUCAGUUUGUGGCCAGAUAUUCAGUCACGAGAGUGCCUUGAUCAAACACACGAGAACCCACGCUGGAGAAAAACCUUUUGCCUGCUCAAUUUGUGGUCAAGGUUUCAUUCAUGAGCGAAACAUAAACAGGCACAUGAGAAAAAAACACACUGGAGAAAAACCUUUUCAAUGCUCAGUUUGUGGCCAAACAUUCAGUCACGAGAGCGCCUUCAUCAAACACACAAGAACCCACGCUGUAGAAAAACCUUUUGUUUGCUCAAUUUGUGGGCUAAGUUUCUUUCAUGAGCAACACUUAAAAAGGCACAUGAGAAAAAAACACACCGGAGAAAUACCUUUUCAAUGCUCAGUUUGUGGCCAAAUAUUCACGCACGAGGAGGCCUUGAUCAAACACACAAGAACCCACAAUAGCGAAAAACGUUUCGAGUGCACAGUUUGUGGCAAAAGUUUCGACUACAAAAGCCGCUUUACAGAACACACAAGGACCCACACUGGUGAAAAACCUUUUAUUUGCCCAAUUUGCGGUCAAAGAUUCGGUCGAAACAGUGACUUAAAAAUACACAGUAUAAGCCACACUGGAGAAAAACUUUUCACGUGCUCAGUUUGUGGCCGAAAUUUUACCCACAAGGGCCUCUUAAUAUCACACUCAAGAAUCCACACUGGUGAAAAACCAUUUGUUUGCUCAACUUGCGGUCGAUGUUUCCCUGUUAUGCGAAGUUUACAACACCACAUAAGAACCCACACCGGGGAAAAACCUUUUGCCUGCUCGACUUGUGGCCGAGGUUUCACUGUAAAGCAAAGCUUACAAAGCCACAUGAGAACCCACACGGGAGAAAAACCUUUUGCCUGCUCAAUUUGUGGUCGAGGUUACACUGUAAAGCAAAGCUUAAAAAGCCACAUGAGAUCCCACACCGGAGAAAAACCUUUUGCCUGCUCAAUUUGUGGUCGACGUUUCGCUGUAAAGCUGGGUUUACAAUACCACAUAAGCACCCACACCGGAGAAAAACCUUUUGUCUGCUCAAUUUGUGGUCGAGGGUUCACCGGACAGAAUCGCUUGCAAUACCACCUCGGAACCCACACCAGAGAAAAACCUUCUGCCUGCUCAGGUUCGCCCAAAGAUUGAGUCACAAGUGCAUCGUAACCCUUUAGACCCCAAGCAUUUUUUUGUAAAAUUAGGUUUUGAUUUUUCUACGAGUAGUUACAAACUAAGUUAACAGUUCAAACAUGCCUUAUUAUAAAUAUUUUUAUUCCCGAAUCACCAAAAGAUGAUGCCAUGAACUUUUCUCCAAAAUAUUCACAUUUUGAAAGUGUCAUAACCAGUGCAUAGAUUUCACUAAUAUUUCACGGGGAACGCGGCACGGGCCGAUCCGUAGGAGGCCUAUAUUCACUGAAAUUCAAGUAUUUUCAAAACCAAAGCCGCGAGCGACCUAAAACAAAAACGGGCCCCUCCCUUAGGCUAAUAUGAGUCUCUCAAAUGAGCAGCGGCAUCAAAAAAUUCAAAGUCGUUCCCAAAUGAAAUCCCAAUGAAUUAUUUUAUAUCUAUUACACAACUUAAAAUGGCUAUAAAAUUCUCAGAAUUUAAGCUUGAUGCACAAAAAUGACCAAAUGCAGAGAUAAUCACCUACAUGUUAAAAAUUGCCAUUGAUCCUGAAAAUGUUUUUGCCCGAAAUAGCGACUUGUUUUAUUUUUAGUUCAAUUUUGAAAUAAGUCUUCAACAACUAAUAAAUCACUGUUUUCACAUAAGAAAGUUUAUACUUGAGGAAAGCAUGCGGAACCAUUUUAAUUUUACUUAACAAAAGCUAAUUUUCCAUUUUUCUAUGUACAAUCACAACUUAUUUAGGUUGAAUUCCGAUGUCACUAUUGCCAAGCAUUGUACUCGAGUAAGAGUAGCAUUACUUCCAAAUAAAAUCACUCAAGUAAAAGUCCUGACACUGGGAGAUACAGAUCUUAGACCCGCCCAUGUAGGUUUGGGGACAUUUCGAGGAGACCUGUUGAUUGUUGGACAUGUCCUAUCAUACCUGUCAAGUUGUACGGUUUCGGCGUAAUUUGUACAAGUGAGCACUGAUUUUGAAAUGUGUACGCCGUACGUUUAAAAUCUGUACAUUUUUCGUGCAUCACCGUUUUUUUUUUUCUCUGGAUUUUGUCACCGUUUCGGCAACGAGACAAUGUGCAUUACUAUGCGUUACUACGUUAGUUGAAUGACGCGAGGAAAUUCAGAGACACUAAGAGCGAAGAGUUUGUUGUGACACUGUUGCAAACGCGAUGCUAGGCUAGGUGGCUCCAAUAUUUCCUGACUGUAGCCGACAGCCUACAAUCUACGUUUAGAUAUCUCAUGCAUGUAGAACUACAUGCAAAAUGACAGACUCGGUGGCGUUAGUAAACAGCCGCCAUCUUAAAGAAGUAGACUUCUCAGAAAGGCUCUGUUGUUGUGAACCUUCCUAGUGAACCUAAGUAACUUUUUAUCUAAACUACAGGGGUGAAAGUGGCUAGAAUUUCUUGCCAGAACUCUCCGACGUGAAGGUCGC